UAUCAGUAAUGCCAACACCAAAAACAGCUACUACAGAAAUUCAGGAAAACGUCUUGUGUGAAACAAAACCUCACCCACAUUGGCAGUAUUGACUAUUUGCCAACAGAAUUUGUGGCGGUGCCUUUUCUAUAUUGCGCCUGUGCCGUUUUCUUCCCUGUAGUUGAUAAUCCCUAAUUACACGAGGAAUUGUAACCAGUUCUUCUUAAAAUAAUUCACCUUCGGAAGCUUCGUCCCUAAAAGUUCCGUAGGCAGAAGAACCACGUUAAAACACUUGGAAACUUGUUAAGUGUCUAGUUUUCAGUGGACGUACUGAGUGCUAUAAAAGUUAGUAUUAAGUGGUUCUAUAAGAUAGACAAACAUUGUCGAUAUCCUUGUCUUCUUCCUAUUUUUUCUCCAUUAUAAUAUCACUGAAUAACGAAGCUUUUCGUUUUCAAGUUAACAUUCUUGUUCUUUUUGGUAAAAAACACAGUCUUUUGAAUUGGAAAAGAUGGCCACACGCUCUACAAGACGUCUGUUGCGGACGACAUUGUGUCCCUCGCAAUUGCACACUUCCUUACGUACGACUUUGUACACAGUUCGUUACUUGCGAACAUCCUCGGCUUUACAUGAGCAAUUAAGCCCUCAAUCGCCAUUGAAGGUUUUCCUUGACACUUUCAAGUCGGAAGUAAAGAAGAGUAAAGAACUCGAAACCAGUGUGAAAGCACUCCAAGACAGUUCCGGUCAUUUGGGGGAAAGUGAGGCGUUCAAAAAGGCAAAAGACGCAUUAGAAAAGGCAUCGAUUGCACGCACUAAAACUGCCGCUGCUUUAGGUACUGGUCUGCACAAGACAUGGGAAAGUGCUCCUGUGCGUAUGUCGCGAAAAGCAGUCUCAGGUACAACCCAUUGGUUCUUCCGGAUGUUUGAUAUCAUUAUGAAACCCAUUACUGGUACCCGUUUGUAUCAAAGUAUCAGGGAUAGCAUGGUUGAUGGUGCAUCUUCACGUUAUGGAUUUUACGGAACCAAAGAAGAACGUCGGAAGGCACGCGCUUUAUUGGAAAUGCAAGAGCGGCUGAAUCCCAAAAGUAUACGCUACGAACCCAAUACGGAGGAAACCCGUGUAGUGCUGCACAACAAAUUGACCAUUCGUGAUCGCAUUCGCAUGUACAAGAAUCAAUCCAAACUUUUCCGCAAAUGGGAGGAUUUUAAGAUCUACUACCAAGAAACGGAACAUCCUAUCCUCUCGUCUGUACGCGAUAUGGCUGACUCUAUCUCCUCGUUUUGGUACCGUAUGUUUAGCGAGACAGAGGCUUCCCAAGUUGUAAGCCGAUUUAAGGAGAUUGAUCCCUCGUUCAACUCUGAGGUUUUCCAGCGCUACUUGCGUGAGUAUAUCAUUCCGGAAGUAUCGGAAGCAUAUGUGAAGGGAGACAAGGAGGCUCUACGUACAUGGUUUUCUGAGGCACCCUUUUCUGUUUGGGAAACAACCACGAAGGAAUAUGCAAAGCACGGGGUUGUAAGCGCUGGACAAGUGCUCGACAUCCGUGGCGUCGAUAUUGCUUCCUACCGUAUGCUUCAGCCCAACAACAUUCCCGUCAUGGUCAUUACAUUCCGGACACAAGAGGUACAUUUGUUUAAGAACGCUAAGUCUGGUGAGGUGGUUGCUGGCCGCAAUGAUCGCAUUCAACAAUGUACGUAUGCAAUUGUGAUGACUCGAUUAGAGGAACAGCUUGACAAUAAGGAAACCAAGGGUUGGUGCAUUGUCGACUUUGCUCGUGCUCGUGCUGUUGAUUACAACUAGUUCUUGUUUUCACAUUUGGUGUUAUGACUACUGAUUAUCAUUCCAUGGGCUAAUCCAGUUCCCUGCUUCAAAAUUGUUUUUUUGUGUCGAGAUGUUUUCUGUUGUUUUUCUAUAGGUCUUGCUCUAGCGCUUUCUUCUAUAUAGAUUUGGUUCGGGAUAUGAAUGUAAGCAGUUGCACUUAAACAAAGUUUCUGAAUUGUCAAUUCUUUGCAACUGUGUUUUGCCAGCUUUUGCCUUUUUGUUCUCUAUCGCUCUAAUACAGUUCCCCGCAUUCUUCCCCACAUUACCCCACAACAGAUCGCCGCCAUGUGCCAAGGGUGUGGUUGCUAUGACAAUUUUUGCGCUGUAUACCGAAG